AGUAGUUCUCCUCUCCACCACUCGACCACUAAUCCUUGUCGAAAAAAAAUAGACAUUGAUAAUGGCCCAAGAUAAGAUAAAGUAUGGAAGCAAAAAGUUCAAGAAGAUGCUCAAUGAGCUUUACAAAGAAGCAACGGAAUUGUCCAACGACCACAACUGCAAGGUGGGAAUUUUCGUGACCCCAAAGGAAAAAGACAAGAAUUCAAAAAUUUAUGCUUCUGGCUCCCCCUCGAUGGAGUCCGUCGUGGAGGAGUUGGAGGCGAACGCGAAGGCAGAGAGAAUGAAAAGGAAGAAGCUUAGGGCCACAUUCAGUGCCACUCCUGUUUGUGGUUGUAAACUUGGCGGAGAAGAUGCCAAUGUUAUGCAUGAGGGGAAAUAAAAUUUGGUGUAAUUUGAUGCAUGAAUUGGUCGUCAUGCCCUAAUUAUCAACAAUAAAAAUUCGGUAAUACUAUGGUGACUACAGUUCUAUAACAAU